AUGACAAAUACGACAAUAAGAGAGAGAACAGCAACAACGGUGGCCUCAGAAAAUAUAUGCCGUCUUUGUUCGGCAAAAAUAAACUCCGCCGUUAUGUAUAAUUAUACUGUCAAAAUCGCGUGUCCACCUCCAUAUGGGUGUGAUACCAACAAUUUCAUCAAUAAUAAGAAGGUCAUGUUUUGUGAAGCGGUUGAAGUUGGGCCAGCUGCACAAUCUUAUGAUAGAAGCGGCCAACUAUAUGCAAAUAGAAAAAAUGAAGAAAUAGACGUCAAUAAAGAUCACUAUGAUCAAGAUGAAAUUGAUAUUUCUUUAAAAGAAAUUAAAAAGAACGCUGAAACGUGGGGCUUAGGUGAAGAAUGCAGGAUUUGGAAGCCUUAG